AUGCCAUCUGAAGAGCAAAAAACCCUUCCCCCUCCCCCCAAUCCACCAAACUCAGAACCAUCACCGACGCUACCGUUGACCCAGCGAGCAGCAGCAGCACCACCGCCAACUCCCCAAACACCAUUCGAUCAGGCCAAACUACCGGGAUGCUGUGCUUUCCGUCUCGAAAACCUCGAAAAUCAAACCUCCCAAACAAAGAAAGAGCUCAUGAACUCAAUCGCACAAGACAUUUGCGCAACAUUCACCUGCAUAGCCAAGCACGCAGAAGCCGGAAACCUAGAAGACCAACACACAGAUGUGAUCGACAACGUGAUCAAGAUGAUUCGCGGCACAGAUGUGAGAACACGACACCGGCUGGAGAUGCGGGAGCGGCGAUUGCGGAGAGAACGCAAUUGGCUACGGAUGAAACAUCUCAAGAUGAGUCGGGACGUUAAUGAUCUGUCAGGGUUGUAUCGGAAGAAAAUGCGGGACUUCAAUGCUGCGUUGCGGAAGCGGAAUGGCGAGAUCGAACAGUUACGGGCGGAGAGGGAGCUGUUGAUGGUUAAGAUACGUGAGGAUAGGGAUUUGUUGGUAGCGAAGAUGUGUGAUAAAACUGUUCUUGCUGAUGAUGCUGUUGGUACGGAUAUUGAUGUUGAUGGGGAGUUUGAGGUUGAUACGGAGGUGUGA